UCCACAUCCUCUUUGCUCACUCCUCCCUGCCUUGCAGUACGCUUUCCUUGUUUUGCGUCCCCGCAAUCUGGUUGUGCAGAUUUACACGACGCAUUCUGGUUUCAUUGCUUGGAUCCUCCGGCCACUGCUAUGGUGUUGCCUCUUUUUAUCUAGAUGCGUUCCAAUUAAGCCGUAUUGCGCUCAAUUUGAGCGUCAUUUCAGGCACUUCGAAUGUUUUCUUGAAGCAGUGUUGCGGAGGUUUUGGUAGUGAUUGCCGAUGAGUUCUUCGUGGACGGUCUUCACCCUUUGACUUCGUGUGGAUUUUUUCUCGAAGGUGCCGAAAUUGGCGAAACCCUCAAUUCGACAUUGGCAUUCCCUGGAGUUGCAGCAUGAUUGCAGCAGCAGUUCCAACCGCACAUGUGGCCGGUUCAUGUCGUGGCGUGGAUUCAUCGAUUCGAUUUCCUUCUGGCCAGCUUCAAUAUAAAACCCACGGCCCUAAUGCCUCGGGCUGUCUGGCAACACAGGCAUCUAGGGUUCAGCCGGGAUGUUCAAGCACCUUCCCCCGAGGAGAGAAACGCACAGAUGUAGGAUGGUUGAGCAAACAGAGACUCGGUUCCAAUGCACUGGCAGAGAGUUCAAGCAGUGUAGCCCGCCAUGGAGGCAGGGUAGCAAAUGUGAGGUCUGUCAUGGUGCCCGUGAGACCGACGGAGCCAUCCUUGAAGGACUCUGGCAAUGGUGCAAGUAUGAGAGCGACAGAGAUAGUAUCUUCUCGAGGGAUUUCGGGAGUAGUAGAAGAUAAUGCAAGGGGCAGUGGAACCAUGGUUCAAUCUGCUGCUCAGGAUACAGAUGCUGCAGAGGCGCGAGCUAGUCUUCGAGCGGCUGGGGUUUACGGCUAUGAUCCCAUCAUUCUAUCACGCCGCUUUGCUCGUCAACCAUUUAAGGUGGUGGGGAGGGCGUUACAAAUAGGGACAGGCUUGGGGUCAUUUGCUUUUAGUAUUUUUCUGGACAAGCAGAAAGGACUUACUGAGGUAAAUAUGCGAAAACGGGCGAUUGAGUUUCGAGAGAGAUUGACGCAGCUUGGCCCCACUUUUGUGAAAGUCGGUCAAGGUCUUUCUACAAGGCCAGAUUUAUGUCCCCCGGAAUAUCUAGAAGAGCUUGCAGAGCUUCAGGACGCAUUGCCAACCUUCUCAACAAAACUGGCGUUUGAAUGCAUUGAAAAAGAGUUAGGAAUGCCGCUUGAAUCCGCAUACUCAAGUAUAACGGCCGAGCCAAUUGCUGCAGCAAGCCUGGGUCAAGUGUACAAAGCUGUUCUUCGCAGCACUGGAGAAACUGUUGCUGUGAAGGUUCAAAGACCCGGCAUUGAGGAGGCAGUGGGCCUCGAUUUUUACCUGGUCCGAGGCUUGACAACUCUUAUCGAUCGUUACACUAAUCUCAUUACUAGCAGCGUGACUGAUUUGCUGGACGAAUUCGCCCGAAGAGUGUACCAAGAGCUCAAUUAUGUACAGGAGGCUCGUAAUGCCAAAAGGUUCAAACAACUGUAUGGCGAUCGAAGUGACGUUCUGGUACCUGGGAUGUUUUGGGACUACACCAGCGUAAAGGUCUUGACAAUGGAGUGGGUGGAAGGUACUAAGUUAAGUGAGCAAGCAAGGAUUGAGCAACAAGGUUUGAACAUACUACAGCUAGUGGACACAGGCAUUCAGUGCAGCCUUCGUCAGUUACUAGAACAUGGUUAUUUUCACGCCGAUCCUCACCCUGGCAACCUUCUUGCCACUCCCGAUGGACGGCUGGCUUUUCUGGACUUUGGUAUGAUGAGUGAGACUCCAGAGCAGGCCAGAUUUGCCAUCAUAGGGCAUGUUGUGCACCUCGUCAACCGUGAUUAUGAAGCCAUGGCCAGAGACUACUACGAUCUGGACUUCCUCUCGCGAGACGUCGACGUUUCGCCCAUUGUGCCUGCGCUUCGGUCUUUCUUUGAUGACGUUCUGGGCGCCACUGUUAGCGAACUAAAUUUCAAGACUAUUGUCGAUGGAUUGGGAUCUGUUCUUUAUCAGUACCCCUUCAACGUGCCUGCUUAUUACGCCCUCAUUUUACGAUCGCUAACGGUGUUGGAGGGGCUGGCACUUUAUACCGACCCAAACUUCAAAGUUCUAGCCGCCUCUUAUCCAUAUUUCGCUAAACGAUUGCUGACCGACCAGAACCCUUACUUGCGAAAUUCCUUGGUCGAACUUCUGUUUCAGGAUGGAGUUUUCAGGUGGCAACGCUUGGAGAAUUUGUUAACGCAAGGUCGCAAGGACUCAGAUUUCAAGGCAAACGAUGUUAUACAGCCCAUAGUAGAUCUACUAUUGGGAGAAGAGGGAGAUGAGUUGCAGCUACUUGUAGAAAGCGAGGUUGUACGUGUGACUGAAGCUUUAAUAUUGGGUACUGCAAUCCAAACCUACCAGCAAGUCCCUGCACCUCUACGCGCAUUCUUUCCACCAAUUCGAACCAGUGUUCAGGACCAAUCAUCCAUGCUCGCUUUGCGUGACCAAGUGUUAAGGAUUUAUGGUCUUCUUCAAAGCUCCAGAGGAUUUGAUCCUGCAAUGCUUCAACCACUUGUUGAGGUCUUGAUGAGACCUAAAGUUCGUGCAUUUGGAGGGCGCGUUGCUGGGAGUGUGUCACGACGUCUGGCUGCGCGCACGUUACAACAGUUAUUACGACCGGCACCUGCGACUACACCUGUGGAAUUGAUGUCUUAACUAAUCUAAUAUUCAGUUCUCUGAUUAUUACGAUAGUUGUCAUCUAGUUACAAGGGUGUAUGUGGGAUCAACUUAGAUUUAACUUAGGGUCCAUUGUUAGUGAAUAGCUAGCUCUCCUUUGUAACAUAUAUGAAGAGGCCAUGAACUGCUUCGCCACACAGCAUGUGUAGUGGAAGAGAGGUUCCAGGGCGCUUAUUUCUUAGAAAUAAAAUUCAUUGAUUAAAAAUGUGGAUGUUACAACUUCCACUGUUACCCACUUAA